AUGUCUUAUAAAAUUAUCGGUUAUUUCGUCACUUUAUUGGCCGCCACCCGCGCCGGCAUCACUGGUCCAGGUGCAGCCGCAGUAGCUGUCGCGCAGCAUCCAACCCCGUCGGUUAUCAGAGCCGAAAACUACAAUUCACAUCCUCGAUAUAGCUUCGGUUAUAGCGUGGCAGAUGGUCUCACCGGCGACAACAAGGCGCAGGAGGAAACUCGCAACGGCGACGUAGUUGAAGGAAGUUACAGCUUAAUCGAGCCCGACGGUGCCCGGCGUCUCGUCUCCUACGCGGCCGAUCCCAUCAACGGUUUUAACGCGGUCGUACAGCGGAAUCCCAGCAUCACCGCAUCCGCUGCAGCGUCGGUGCAUCCCGUCGUGGCGCCGUCCGUGAUCACCGCAGCUGCGCCGCUUGCCGUUGCAAUUCGCCCGCAGGCAACCGUCUUGGUGAGGCAUCCGUUCAACCCGGAAGCCACGAACAUCGCAGCCGUGAAUCCGGGACUGGUGAGUCUGGGAGUGGGCCUGGGAGUUAGAUCGGGAUCUAUUUACGGCACGCAAACUCACGUCGCGAAUGUCGGUAUCGUGAAAGUUCGCUAAACGCAUGCAUAAUUGCAUCAGACAGCGGUGGUUCCGCU